AUGAAGUUCCUUGCUACCGCCCUUGGCUUCGCCACCGCCGCGAGUGCCCACACCCUCUUCACCACCUUCUACGUCGACGGCGAGAACCAGGGUGACGGAACUUGUGUCCGCGAGCCCACCGAUGCUUCAAAGGGCAACUUCCCCAUCUACCCCCUCAAUGGCGACGCCAUGGCUUGUGGUAGUGGUGGUGCGAACGCUGUCGACUUUGUCUGCGCCGCCAAAAGCGGUUCCCAGCUGACCUUCGAGUUCCGCGCGUCUCCUUCAUACGAAGAGCCUGGUGUCAUCGCCGAGGGCCACAAGGGCCCCUGCAGUGUCUACAUCAAGAAGGUUGACGACAUGUUCAGCACCCCCGCCGCCGGCAGUGGUUGGUUCAAGAUCUGGGAGGACGGCUACGACGUCGCGAGCGACACCUGGUGUACCGACACCCUCCGCUCCAACAACGGCCAUCUGUCCGUUGACCUGCCCACUGGUCUCCCCUCGGGCUACUACCUUGUCCGCCCCGAGGUCCUCGCCCUCCACGCCGCCCCUGAGGGUGACCCUCAGUUCUACACCAGCUGUGCCCAGAUCUUCAUCGAGAGCGGCCCUAGUGUCGAGUUGGAGAUCCCCGAGAAGUACGAGGUCAGCAUCCCUGGCUACAUCUCCUCCGACGAUGCUGGCGUCACCUUCAACAUCUACGAGACGCCCCUGGGCGAGUACCCCAUUCCCGGCCCCGAUGUCUACAUCCCCACCUCCGAGUCCGUCAGCGCCAAGAAGACCCAGACCCAGAAGGACGGCGUUAUCCCCGACGGCUGCCUCGCCAAGAACGCCAACUGGUGCGGUAAGGCUCUCAACACCUACUCUACUCAGGAUGGCUGCUGGGCUUCUUCCGAGGCUUGCUGGAAGCAGGCCGAUACUUGCUGGGCCAGUGUCCCCCCUAGUGGUUACUCCGGCUGCACCACCUGGAACAAUUACUGCACCAAGAUUGACGAGAACUGCGAAGCUGGCAACUAUGAUGGCCUCCCGGACUAUGACCUGUCCGAGGUCUUCGCUGAUGUCGCUGGCCCUAUCCCUUCUCCCUAUGGCACCUUCAAGACCACUCCUGUGACCGACAGUGGCAGCUCCGACUCCGGCGAUGAUACCUCCUCCAGCACUACUAAGGCCGCUGCCACUACGUCCAAGGCUGCUGCCACCACUGCCAAGGCCGAUGCUGAGGAGACCUCUGUCGCCUACGAGGUGCCCGCUGCCACCACCACCGCCAAGGCCGUCGUCACCACUGAUGAGUCGUCCGCAGAGGGGACCUCCGUCUACGUGGUCCCUGAGGAGGCCACCUCCACCUACGACGCCAGCCCCGAGCAGACUUCCGAGAGCUCCGGCCUCAAGGUGUCUCAGGAUGGCCGAUGCGGCGGCGAGACCGGCCAGACCUGCGAGGGCAGCUCCUUUGGCAACUGCUGCUCCAAGAAGGGCAAGUGUGGUCGCAAGACUCGCCACUGCAGCUGUCAUUGCCAGUCUGCAUUUGGUCUCUGCGACUAA